AUGUCAAAAACGCACGAUUGUGAGCAUAAUUUGUCACCUGUGAUAUUUAUAGGUAAUCAAAUAAUUAGGGAAUAAUUUCACUUGCGGUUUGUUCAAAUCCUAAUAAUUUUGGCUCGGGAAAUUAGUAGAAUUUUGGAUAAAACGCGUGUGAAAUUAUCCCCAUCUAAAGAAUAAAGAAAAAAAUAACUUUUUGGGGGACCUGUGUUAGAGACGAUAUUUUGAUUGUUAGUGGAAUCUAGCUUUUCAGUCUUUUAACUCGAGUGUUUGUUUGUUUGUUUGUUUACCGCAGCUCCUCCUCUGGUCCCGAUAUCCCCUCCUGAUAAAGGGGCAAUCCAUAGCAACUCGUUUAGAGUUAAGUUGGCAGAAGCUUCUGAUGAGAAUGGAAAAGUCAGGUAUGAAAGUCAUCGCACUUUCCAAGGUGUAAAAUUUCAACACCAUAAAAUCUUUAAAAUGCGCGUAAAUAGAAUUGUAAAACAAAAUUGAGCACAAGUGAAUUCAACACUUAUUUGAAACGAUACUCUGACUCGCUACUUUUGACUAACGCAAAAUAGCCUGUCAACUUGCCAGACUUCCGGUUAGAGUAGACGAGCGCAAAAAAGAAGCGGGCGAGCACGAUAAGGCAAGCGAGUGAAAAACGGUGGGAAGACAGAAUGGGGAGAGCCUGUAAGCACUUUUUACAUACCUCAGCCCGUCCUCUAUUCUGCCCACUUCCAGGAAUCAAAAUGUCAAAUGCCAAAAUGUGCGGUGUAGGAGGUUUCUACACGCCAUGUUUGUUUGACUCUGCGCGCGCAUGGGGUAUCUCCUGUCCGUCAAUUCUGUUUUUUAUACUGUUGGUUCUUAAUGCCUACACUGUAGUUCUUAGCAGCUGUUAGUCGUCGCCUGUUUUUUUUCUAUUUCUUUAAAUCUUUUCCUUCCGUCAAACUACCAACUAGAGCUGUACUACUACAGUGUAAAUGUUAAACUAAAAAAGAAAAUUGUUUUGAAGUGCAGACAACUUCAUUAAACACGUGAUUGAUUGGAUACUUGAGCCAUUGAAAUGAACGUGUGAUACUGAUCAGCGAAUAACCUGUUUUUUAACAGGUACUAAUGUAGUACCAUAGAUGUAGGUUGACUUUGACCAAAGCCAUUUUCCCCGAGAUAAAUGCAAAGGCUAUGUGCCUGGUACUCCCCUCCCCUCCUUUCCAGAGUCUCCACCAUCCCCCUGCCCCUUCCUCCAGAGUCUGUACGGACUUUUUCAUGUGUACAAAGCGAAAAAAGUUGCUAUGUCCCAUAACAAGUGCAGCUCUGUAAAAUCUUAAGAAGCUCCGCAGCCAAGCCGGUCAUAUAAACGAGUUUAUAAGGAGCCCACCAUUAGUCAGUAUGUACUACUUCUCUAACUUCUUAUCCCAUAGGACGUUACAUCUUUGACCGCACAGCGGAAACAGUUUCUGUCAGUUGCUAAUCUACUAACUUCUGUUAAGGACAUGUCGAAAACAUCUUGUAUGUCCUUUUCUUUUCCCACCGCCUUCUCGGUCUUCCUCUUUCUCUUUUCCCAUCUAUCUUUCCCUCCAAGAUGAUUUUUCCCAAGACCUCGCUUCUUUUCAAAUGACCAAGAUACUUCAGCUUUUGUUUCUUUAUAAAGAUUUCUAAUCAUUGAUCUUCCACUUUCAGUUCCUCCCCAAUUGACUUAUUUUUUCUGUGCUGCGUCCAUGAUUUCCUUAAAAUUUUCAAAAUCGUUUAAAAUUCUUUUUAUGUACCCAUAAAAAGUCUCUUAUUUUUUAUUCUUUGUUUAUUCUUAGUUAUUACCAAGUGAUAGUGAUCGAAUUGGCCACAGACAAUAAAGGCAAGGCAGUACCAGCUCAACCGCCAGAUUAUUACAAAAGAGAAGAUCUCUACACUUACGGUGAAGCACGAAGGAAAAAGCCCACUUUAGUCCCGUACAUAGCGGCUGAAUUCAAUGCCAUGGAUUUCGAUGAUUACGAGAUUUUCACCGUGGGAGAUAGCAGGCGAUCCAGUCGAGCAAAAAAAAAAACUAGCAGAAGAAGGAGAAAAGAGGUCAAUAGACCUUUUGAAUUUUUCAACGGUCCUCUUGAAGGAGGAACAUUAUACGCGGUGUUUCUGCGUGCCUAUGUUAAAGAGGUUAGAUUUCAUCAAAGGUUAUCUUCUUUGUUAAUAAUUUAAUUUACCUUUUUCAUUUCGAGGCUUGUUCCUCUUUAUCAGUGAACCUUUGGUUACGAACCCCUUUGCGCGAGUGUUACUGAUAUAAGUAUAAAUGUUAAACGGCAGACUGGUAUUUUCCAGGUCGCCGAAUGACUCUAAAGUUUUUGUGGUUAGGGUUAUGAAACAGUAAAUCAAGUUUCAGGUCAGUUUGCCUUGGAUAAUGACCCUAAAUGGAACCUGACUCACUCAGUUACCUAACCCAUAUCACUAAACUUCAGAGUCAUUCGGCGGUCAGCGGCCUUUCGGCGUUCUGCAAAAUACCCCGGUCGAAUUUCAACAGUGGCAGACGGUUUUGUGCGAGCGCGAAAAAGUGUAAGAGAAACAUUCAGCGUUACGUAGAGUUCAAAUCUCUGUUCUUUCCUUACGGAUGGGGCGUUCUAGUGUAUUUUACUGCUUUAUUGAAUUGGACAACUCCUUCUACAUUUACAUGUAAUCCAUUGCAGAAGCCUAAAAACUGUGACCAACCGCGGGAACUACGACAAACGGAGUGCUGAAAACCAGGAAUAUUUUUAAGACUGCAUAUUGGGACGCUCCUUACCAUCUCCGCCUAAACUUCCCUGUUGUUAAGACGGUCGUUUGGCAUUAAACAUAAUGAUCACUAAGCGUGUUUAGCAGACGCCCUGUAAUAUACCCGGACGUGAUCCUCAGUUAGUAUCAAUCCUUUCUUUCCUUAUUUAACAGAUCUAGCGAAGACAACACGAUAAUAGUGGCAACGGCAUGUGCAAAUCUUAAACAAACUUGACCGAUGGUAGAACGGUUAAGUUUAGCCUUUUUUGUGUUCAUUCGCCUUCUUAUUUGACGUCGCGUUCUCAUUGCUAAAAUAAUCUGCCUGUUUUCUGCCUGAAUGAAGCGAACUCCUCUAGGGAACACUAGUGAGAAUUCCGCGGUUUUCAGGUUAAUACAGGUUCAUUGUAAACAAUUUUGUUUGCAGGAUUUCUACAGGUCAAGUCCUUGGAUUGAUCCGGUUGAAACAGGUAUAAGUUCUUGUUUUGUAAUUGCUCUUUUAUUGAUAAGCCAAAAUUGAGGCAAAAAUGUCUUGUUAAGGUAUUAUAAAUUGGAGAGUAUUGUUAACAAUUUCAUCAUAGAGAAAGCAAUAAUGAAAACCGUUUAAUUCAAGAAUUUCUAGUUACAAAUUUUGUUUUAUAUAACUCUGAAGUACCAACGUUGGUCAUUGAAAACACUCCCGUAGAGAAUUUUUGUCGGACCACAGAAUUUCAUAGCGUCUGUAUUUUCAACCUUAUUGCAGAGACAACAAUAAAAUAAUAACCGGGUAAAUAACAAAAAGAAACAAAACAUUUAUAAUAAAUAUAUUACUUCUCACCACUUGCAUCCAUGAGUCUUCAGUUAUCUGAACUUUAGAUUCAAGAACGAGAACUACUACGAGUACGAGAUUUGAUUUAAAGUUUUUUCGCGUAUUGUCAAAAAAUAGACACCCCGAAAUUCUUCACUGCACUUUUUUUCACCAGAAUAGUUAGCAGUGUUAUCGUUAUUGAAGGAGGUAGAGCCCUCUCCCGAUUGCAAAAUGCUAAAACUUCUAACAUUUCAUAACUUGUUCCCGCCACUACGACACUCUCGCUAAAACUCGUAGUAGAAUGACGACGGCUACCGCGUUUUCCCUCUAAAAUAACAAUGGUUCACGCACGAGCACUACUUAGUAUUGAGAAAAUCUCGUACUCGUAGUCGUUCUCGUCUUAGAAUCUAAAGGUCUCUAUCUUAUAUGUAGGUGGAAUAUGAUCGUUCGGGUGAGUGUAGUCCUAAAUAGAACUGUUGUGUAUGUUGACAGUGAAUCACAAGAUCUCUAUAGUGGAGUCCUAUUUAGCACUAUACUCAGCCUGACGGUCAUAUUCCAUCUACGUAGGUAAAUGGGUCACCCGCCUAUCCCAGCUGCCCUCGUCCAGCCAACUUUUCGUACAUUUUCUUGCAAAACUUGGCGAACUGUUUACAUGAGAAACAAAAACGUUGGCUUGUCGAGAAGGGUGACUCUACUAGCCUGGUCAUCCUUUUGUGAUGGUUGGGUCACCCUACUUGGCGGGCCAACUUUUCUCCUUAUAAACACUUUUGGCUUGGCCAGCCCGGUCAACUCGGUGAAGGUGAGAUGAUCAGAGCAUGCGCGAGUGCUGUUGGCGCAGGGAAGGGGUGUACCGUACUUUGGUAUAAGUGGCCUGUCCAUGAUCUUGUGCUUGUGAUCCCCCCCUCCACCCCUUAACCUGAGAUCAGGCCCAAUUUGAGCGGUUCUCAUACAUUCUCUCUAACGGCUACCGCUAAAAUUGGGCCUGAUCCAAACUCAUUCACGUUUGUGCUCGUUACGGCUAGAUUUUGGCUGUAAAGCUGAUUGGCUGUUAGAACAAUGCCACAAGAUCUGAUUGGCUGUCGGAAACGCCGGAAGUUGAAUUGAAAGCGCUUAUUCCUCGCGUGGUUGUUUUCGUGAAUGAUCCUUCGUCGGCGGAGAGAAGGAUCGAUUUUGCUGUCUUUUUUAUUGUUUUAUGGUCUUAUGGUAGGAAAAUAUACCUUAAUAUGUGCCAUGGAAAUUCAGAAAAUUCAUAUGGUUGUUCAUAUCUCAGGAUUUGCUUUAUUUACGGAAAGUGAGUAUAUCGCGGAGUUGAAUCCCUCUGCAAGUUGUUGACCGCGAACAAGGUGCCUUUUGAUUUACCAACAAACGGGUGCAAAUCAAAAUACUGUCCAUCUUAAAACUGGUUUCAUUUGAAAGAUUAGCCGGGAAUGACUUCUCUGAACGGGGUACGCAAGCGGAGGCUCACUGCGAAAGAAACCUCAAUCGCCAACUGUGAAGUAUUAGACGAAAAAUAUCGCAUCGCUUUUCAAGGAAUUUUCAGUGUUAACAGACUGGUUGUUUGCCUUCGCUUUUUGUAAAAAAUAAACCAGGAAAACUGGUGUCCUCGCUCGUUGGCUGUUUACUUUUGUUUUUAAAGAUUUAUGUACUGAAAAUUGGGGGAAAUUGCCGAGGAAAACAGUAAGGCAACGGAAAAAUAGAAAUUUCAGUAUUUUAAAUUCGAGCGCGCCUAGCCAAAAUAAUAAAACUAGUAGAACAUCGUGUCGCCGUCUUUUCGAAAACUUUUUACCUUCUACGCCAACAGAAAUAACCUUCGAGAUCUCCCUUAAUCUCGCAAGAAGUUAAAUGUGAUUGUGCUGACUGUUUUAUUUUUAGCUGAAAAAAUUAACAGAUAAAAGCUAUUUUUUAAGUCAGCCAGUCUGCAUUUUUCCCACGCGUGAAAAACUUGCAUACUAGAAAAACAAGCAACGGAAGUAAUUUUGGUUGGCUGAUUCGGCAAAUGUCAAUCAAUCAAAAAAGUGGGCGGCAGACGUUUCGUAGAAGGUUUGUAUCAGGCUCUCUUUUCGUUUCGCCAUGCCCGCCGGAAUGUUAUUUACAAAGCGAAACGAAAAUAGAGCCUGAUCUCAGGUUAUCCACCCCUUUGGCAAAGUUGCUAACAAUACAAGAUCAUGCUCAAAACUUGGAGGAACAACUUUGAAUGGGAGGGAGGAGGGAGGUCAGUGUUAUAUCUCACAGACCUGUGACUAGCACCGAUUUAAAGCAUGAAAGGUUGUUUUUUUCGUGGGAGUGUCUCAACAUUUUUGCAACUGGUUGUACCAACAUUUCUCGAAUGGAUAGAACCAAAUUUUCUUAGCCAUGGGGCUACGCUAUAACAUGCCCGUCCCACCGACGGGCUGACUCCUGACUCCGUUUUCCCUCCCCAGAGUCUGUACGGUCGGCGUUCGGUCGUACGCUUACGUCAUAACCUAAUUUUUCUCGGAUGGAUAGAUUACCAAAUUUUCUCAGAGAUGUGUGAGCUCCUUGUUUGUAUUGUCCCAGUGCGCCCCUUGCUCUCCAGCAUGGCGUAUGUGUACCACGUUAACGGCUAGCUGCAAAGGACCUAUUGAUUUAUUUACCAAUUAAUGAAUUCGGCUUUCGUAGGAUAUGAAGAAUUAAGCAGAUCGAGGAGGGUGUUAUCCACUAAGGCCCAAGGUCGAGGUGGAUAACAUCCUCCGAGAAAAAACAUAGCUAAAACAUGCUUACCUGCAUCGAUGUUAAGUUCAUCUUCGAUAGUGUACGUUUAGGUUUGUCCAGCUCCCCAAAUAUUCUCCAAAUAGCAGAUGUCGCCCUCCGAGUUGUCUUCUUGCUGUUUUUGCCGUGUUUUUUGCAAUCAUUUCGCCUAGUUCCAGCUGCAGUUCUUACUCUUGAAACGAGUGAAAUGUCCGCCAUUUUUUUUUCACAACCAAAACAACUCAACCUCGUCUCCAGGUCAUCUCGGUAACAAUGCCUUAACCUGUAGCGGGUUGCAUUUUUGACGUCGUUUCCUCGUUAAACAUAAAUUCUUCCAAAUUUGGGCAUCAGUAACUGGUUAUGGUGAAUUAUGCGUGUGCUUUUAGCCAAUCAGAAUUGGGGAAAUAUUUUGAAUGAACAAUAAUGUAAUUUAACUGAAGCAAUAAGCGAUAUUGUCUUUGAAUAUUUUCUAGUGUCAACCAGGUCCAACCCAACUCUAUCUCCAAUAGAAGUUCUUAGUAAGGAAGCCACUGUUGCCCUUUCUGUUGUUGGAGCAAUCCUGUUCCUCUGUAUCGUCCUUGGGUUCGCCUUCUUUUGCUUUAUACGCCAUCAGCGGAAGCAGAUUGUGGAGUAUCGUAAUCAGCUUUUUCCAGUAUACACUGGAAAACAUCAGGUAAAAUACCAUGUAAAACGAGCUUAAAAUGAAGCCACUACAUACCAACCAGUGCCUGCUUGGAUUCUGCAACUUAUUUUGACUGAAAAUGAUGUUUGUUGGACUGCGUAAAUUUCACACCCCUCCCAUUCCAAGAUCAUAAUCAACACCUACAAUGACAACUUUAAACGCGGAAAAACGGAGGAGGGGGAUUUCUUUUACUUGUGAAAAUUUUGUCUCAGAGGAGCAAUCAAAUUAGAAAAGGGGUUUUAUAAGCAAACGUCUCUCAACACUUUGUUCAAACAUGACGGCGAAAAUAAAAUGAAUUUGCGAUCUUUCAAACUUCAUCUCAAUUAACGUCAUCUCCUUUGAUAUGUGAAACGAAGGUGACUUUACGUGGAGUAGUUGAAUUUCUAUGGACAGCCAAGUUAAAGAAGGGAAUAAAAAAUUUAUCGUCAGUGCCAGUUAACGUCCUUCGAAAAACGCGCAUUGGGACUAAUUUUUCACGUCGUAGUCGUGCAAUUGAGUUUGAUGGCCCGUGCAAAGUUGUCGUUUUUGCUUGUUAAUCCGACCCGCUACUGUUUUACCAUGUCGUAACCGUCGUCGACUCUCUUGCUUAAAAUCUUUAGUAACCUUUCGAAAGUGCAGGGUUACUUUACUUAUGGCCACUUUACAUUCGUGUAAACUCUCAUGGUGUUGGACACUUUUGAGAAUGAUUAUACAUUUAUCAGCAUCUGAGUUGCUUGUUCGAGGCCAGUCGACGGACAUAAUUUGCAAAAUUGCAACCAUAGAUUGCUCCUCGUUUUAAAAUAGAUGUAUACUCACGGGUAGUAAAGAUGGCUGACAUUUUGUUCAUUUCAUUGCAGGCUACGAACCAGUCUGUUCCGCAAAAAUAGUCACGACUUUUUUUGUCGAUCUACCGUGAACGAGGUGCCGAGUUUCUUUGCGGAGUGGCCAUAAAUUUAAGUCUACUUUAAAAACCUAAACUGGCUUUUGUUUAUUCUUUACUCGAUUCAAAAAAUGAUCCAUUGCCCUGAAAUGGCCUUCUAAAUUCUGGUAAUACUCAUGAACCAAACACUUUCCACUUGGAGGGAAUGAACUUAUCAUUGCUUAGACUAAAUAGGUCCCUAUUGUAUACGUUAAGUAAUAAAAUAUUUCUUGAUUGUUUUAGAUUGACCCUAAUUGUACACUGCUUGAACAAUGUAAUGAUCUACCUUAUGACCCUGACUUCGAGUUUCCUGAGGACAAGCUCAUUCUUGGGGAGUUUCUAGGAUCAGGGGCGUUCGGAAACGUCAUUAAAGCAGAGGCUAUAGGAAUAAACAACUUUAGUCCCAGAGACAAAAGUCAAAAGAAAAGUCAGCGGCGACCUAAAAUGUUUCGUCAACACAGGGCCGGCCAUGCGUACCACGAUCCCAGAGGCAGUGCGUACACGAAGACCAUCGUAGCUGUAAAGACUGUUAAAGGUAAUGUUUCAGGUCAAGAGAUCUCUAUUUCAACAUGUGUAACAUUUACCAUGGAGCAAGGAUGGCUGGUACUUGUCGGGGGUUGGUUGAGGGGGGCAAAAAAGGAAUUUGAUUUAUAGUUACUGUAGCAGCUGAUAAUAUGCAGGGGAGGGGACGAGUUACCAGGUUACCUGCGCGGUUAUGAUUUGGGAGACGGGUAGGGUUGAUUUGGGAAUCUGUGCUACCAGUGGAAAAAACUCCAGCCAUGCCCCUGGAUUCAGCAGGAGUGAGGUGGGCAAUUCGCAUAGGGCCUCUCUCAGGCAUGAGUACCGUUCGUGCUCAUUCCUAUUGCUGAGGUUUGUGCCCAGUUAAACUGAACGUUGCUUGUGAUAUUGUGAAAUAGACUACACUAGACCCUGUGGAAACUGCACUUUUUUAACUGACCGAGUACGAUAUUUUGGCACUUCAGGGGGAGCUACUAAAGAGGAAGUAAGAGACCUGGCAUCAGAGCUGAAAAUUCUAAUUUACGUUGGAGUCCACAAAAACAUUGUAAACCUCCUUGGUGCUUGUAUCAAGCGAGAUCGUAUCCUUGUCAUUCUGGAAUAUGCACCACAUGGGAGUUUACAAAAGUUCUUACGAGGCAAGCGAGAUGUUUAUGAAGCAACCUGGACUACGACUGCGAGUGACCCAGAGAUAGGAUUGAAUAUAUCAAAUCUUGUAAACUACUCUUACCAAAUAUCCCGUGGAAUGGAAUACCUGGCGUCUAAAAAGGUAAUGUAUUAAUGUUGUCCCGUUCAAGGAUUCCCCGCAUUUCUGAAGAAAAUUCAGUUCCAACAAGAGCUGUAGUGCCGCGGGCUCUUGGUUGUAAUAGACCUUUUUGGAUUAUGUUUUAUUUUCCCAUUUCACACCACGUGAUGUUCUCAAGGCAAUUUGCGUCUUGUCUUUUCAUAAAAUAUACAUACAUAUGCUCGUGGAUGCACGAGCAAAGGACAACUUUUGAAAGGAACGGUUCUCUGGGGUACCAUCAAGUGGUCUGAAAAGGGAAGACAAAACAUAAAGUUAAAAAGUCCAUUCUCAAGCACUUGCCUAUUUUCUCCGUUUGGCUUCAAGGAGUUUUGUCAUGAUUUAAAUCGUUCAUUCGACUCUAAAUCUGCGCCUAUUUGUUUGUUUUUCGCGUUUAAGAGAGUAUGACUACCUGAACCGGGGCGCUUGAAAGAUUAUUAACCAAUCAAAUCAUUUGGACUUACCGUUUUUUUUUUUGAAAACGGACCAAAAAAAUUCAAUGUGCAACUAUGAAACUAUUGAUAACUUAAAAACCGUUUGAACUUACCUGACCUCUCAGGAAUUAGCCCUCAAAUUUAAUGAGAAUCUUUUGUUUUCAAAAACCGCCAUGAUUAUUAUGAUUUGUGUUUGGAUAAUCUAUUUCCAAAAGCCCAGCUUCGAGUAUUCGCAUUGUAAGAGUUUAUUAUGAGUAAUAAGUGGUAAAAAGUAAAGUAACUCAGAGAGAGGAGACCUCAGUAGCCAAAAGCUCGCGUAAAGGAUUAGAAAAAGCAACAUGUAGGGGAAAAGGUUACGGGAACUCAGAAACGUGCGCAACAGCUGUGACAUUAAAUCAGCCAUGAACCGGGAGCGAAAGAAGCGAAGACGUAAGUGUCUCACUAACAAUUCAGCGUUCGAGAGUAAGUGAAGAGCAUUGUUUAACAAUGUUUAGUCUUUAUUUUACUUUUACUUUCUGUAGCGUGUGCACUUCUCUGUUGGUAUAAAAAUUGUUUUCCUGUUUUUUACUGUGAUGAUGGUGAUGAUGAUGAUGAUGAUGAUGAUGAUGAUGAUGAUUAUUAUUAUUAUUAUUACUUAUUAAAAUAGCAAAAAUCUUUAGUAACAUAUGACCAAUUUACAUUCCACUAUCACAGACUAAAAUUUUGAUGAAAUAAAAAUAUUAAAACUAAGAUCAUAAAACACUAAUUUACAAGCUCACCCCAUUAUCAACUCUAAAAUUAGCAGACUUAUUAUUAUUAUCUCCUUCUUGUUUCUGAUUUCUUGAUUUUGCAUUUUUUUAAAAACAUAUCUGUUUUAUAUAGUGUGUUCACCGAGACUUGGCGACCAGAAACGUUCUUGUUGGAGAAGACUACGUCAUGAAGAUCGCUGACUUUGGUCUCGCUCGAAAUAUUUACAAGAGUGACUUAUAUGUGAAGACAAACAGUGGUGUUUUGCCAAUGAAGUGGAUGGCGAUAGAAUCAUUGUUUUUGAGGGAGUACUCAGAGAAAAGUGAUGUGUAA